AUGGAUUCUGUAGCCUUAAUCGAUAGUUCAGUUAAACUGUUCGUGAAUAGAGACCCAAUGGAAAAAAAGCACAUGAGAGAAAGUGAUCUCCGCCGCGACAUGCUCGACGUUAAAGCAAAGUUGGAGGCACUUGCGAAUUCUACUUUAUUGUCAAGUUUUACAUUUUACAGAGAAGGAAUCCGUCGCCUUCUUAAACUCAAGAAAAAUUCUUAUGAAGGUGACAGGGAAAGUGCUGACAGACAAACAGAAGUGCGCUCGACAAGCAUGUAUCAGGUCUGCAACGACUUGAGACUACAUUGUUUAGACGAUGCAGACAAAAGAGCACUGGCGGCUGCAAAGGAUGAUUUCAAACAAGCCCGUAUCAAGGCUGUAGAAGCUUUCAGCAAUGAAGGCGUUGAAAUAUUGGAUCGCAUGCAAGCAAUGGUUAUUCGUGUCGCGUCGACCAUGCUAGAGAACGUUGACCAUCCUGAGGAUGCGUUGAAUGUGUGUAUUGGCUGUCUUGAAGACCUUCACGGUCUCAAGUAUGUGAGGGAGACUUUUAAUCAAGUUGUUUAUAAAGGCCUUAACAAAGUUUCUUUUAAAAGGGGGGUUCAAAAGCAAGUAAUUGCUUCCGUCUGUCGAAUAAAUCAUUUUAUUCGCAAUGCUGCACUGGCGAUCGCCAAGGAAGGGGAAUUGUUGGUUUUUCCCUUGAUUGAAGUGGAAAACGAAAAAAUAGAUCCAUUGUCCGACUCCCGAGUGGCUAAGGAAGUGCCGCACGUUUCUCUAACGCCAUCGACCCUUAAUGAAGAAGAUAAAAAGAAUAAACCGAACAUACCACAAGGCAUUGCUGUUAAUUCUCAGGGACACUGUAUGGUUGGAGACGAAUGGGAUCUAACCGUUAAAGAAUAUGAUGCGAAUGGCUUGUUUGUUCGUAAACUUUCCUUAACGCCCUGGCAAAAAGACUCGGUUGCGAGCAUUGUGGAUGUUGCUACUGAUACCAAAGAUAAUGUGUAUGUAUUGUUUGAACUGGGAGAAAACUCAACAACUGCGCACUUCAAGAUUUUUGUGUUUGAUAAAGGAAGCUCACACACGAGACGCGACAUAUUAUUGAAAGAAAAAACAGCAGAGGUUUCUAG